UUCUGAUUAAUUUGUCAUGGUAAAAAUGAAUGGGAAAAACUGAAAAUACAACAACAACAACAACAACAACAAAAAAAUCACUAUCACAACCAAAGUCUGUGUGUGAAAAAAAAACACACGAGACACACAAAAGUUGUUCUUCCCUAUUUGAGUCUUUCAGAGCUUCCAGGAAGUUGCUUUCAGAUGUAGAGUUGUGUUGGUGGAGGCCAUUCUUCAGACCUGUAUGGGUGGAUCUGGUGUUCACGUCGCGGAACCUGCUGCCUGCAAAUAUGUCCACAAUGAUAAACACCUUUCAUAGCAGCUUCAAUCCUCCGCCGGUUCCUCCACGGCCAGGCCACCGAGGAGGUCCAGCGCUGCCAUCAAACACACCGUUAGUCAAGUUCAUAUCGGUGCUGCUGCUUCUGUUAAUGAUACUGACGUUUGGAGGGUUUCUCUACCUGUUCCAUAGAAUCAGCACGCUGCAGGACAGACGCACUGAUAACGAGAUAAACGCACUAAAACAACUACAGCAGUGUGCUGAGAACCUAGGAUCUGAGAAUUUACAGCACUGCAACAAGCUCGUGGAACUCUAUAAAAAUCUCCUAAAAAAGGUCUCUGAAGCUGAAGGAAAAGUGGCUUUGUUGAUUGAACCUGAUUCCUCCACCAAUCCUCAAGCAAGGUUGGUGUUAAGUAAAGAGGAGAACAAAUUCAAUACCCUGGUAUGGAAGAAAACCCACUCUGUGCUGGAGAAGAUCACCCUCAGCUCAUCAGGAGUCCUGACCAUUCAGUACCCUGGAUAUUACUUGAUCCAGUCGCAAGUCACCUUUUCAAAAGCACAUGAAAAAGCACCACUCUAUCAAGCCAUAUGGUCCCAAAAGUCAAAUGACGAAACCCCAAGUGAACUGCUCAAGUCCUUUUGCAGCUUGCCUCGGGGCAGUAUGAUGCCUGAUCUGUGCACUGCCUCAGAGACAGGGGUGUUCAGACUUGAGAAGGGUCACAAACUAUUUGUUAAUGUAACUGACAAGAGCUUAGUGAACCUGGACGCUACCACUUUUGGAUUGUUCAGGCUACAGGACUGAGAGCAGACUAACUAAGAACUAAGAGGAUCUACCAGCACAAGGCGAAGUGGAUAACAGAAUCCAUCUUACAGGGUAUACAUGGAUAACUAUAUGAAAUUGGAUGAAAACUAUUCAAAAAAAAAAAAAGAAAAGAAAAAAAGAAGGCUGGAACUUCUGCAGAAGAGCUUCUUCCUUUAACUUUCACCACAAUGUAAGCUCAGAGGAAAAUCUGACACAUCGUUAAGUGCGGGAUUUGCAGGGAAAAUGAAAUGUGUGACAUUUCAGAACCCAUUUCUAUACAAAAAUUAGUCAGCAAUUCUAAACAUGCGGUUUAAAGAAGUGGUGUAAAUGUCACUUUUAUGUAAUAUUCUCAAUCUAUACUACCAAAAAAUAAUUUAUUAACGUUGAAUCUUAGCUACUGUCUUUGCAAUAUAUUUAUGAAGGGGGAAAUCCAGCUUGAAGAGACUACUCUGAUGCAUGUAAUAGCUUGUGUCGUUUUUACAUCCUGAUGAUUUAGCUGUACAAUACAAUGUGACACUACAUUUAUUAGAAGCCUGGUUUUCUCUGAAGAAUCUGCACUGACGAGAACUUCUCAUAUGGUAAAAAAAACAACUAGAAUGUAUUACAAAAACCGGCGGUUUAUUUCUAAAUGAUGUGUCACAGUAAAACUUUAUGAUAAAUAUACUGCAGACGGCAAGUAGGAUUUUUAAAUGGAAGUUCCCUCUCUCAAAAUAUGUAUUUAUAUUUUUGUAUUAAAAUACAUUUUUUUCUAAAUCCAAAGCAAAAUUUUGUUUCUAUUCUGACUUUCUGAUCAAUAUGUGAGAUAGUGAUAGUAAUAUGUGAGAAAAACAAGAAGGCUUAAAGAAAGGUCUAAACACUUCCUCCUAGUAAUCAUGACUACCUACAUAAAAUUCUAAAUUUUGAAGCAUUAGGUGUGACAAACACUUUGGGUUUUUUUUUUCAUCAUCUGUAUAAGCACAGUAAUGCUAGGCUCUCCUUCCCCCUCUACUUUCCAGCACGAUGCAAUGGCUUUACCAGUGAGCAUGAACUCUGAUCUGACCUUUUCAAUUAAAAACAAAUCGCUCCAUCGAUGCUGGCAUCACUACAAAUGUUUCCAUGUAUCAAGAAGUGUUUUAAACGAGUGUGAGAUCCAUUCCAAAAUGGAGCAGCUGACAGAAUAAAUCUGAGAAAUGUAGAUAUUUUUAGAUUUUUAAUCCCACUGGCUGCCAAACACCCACCAAUCUCUUACAUGUGUGCAAGUUUCCUUUAUGCACAUGAACCAUAUACCACAAAGAAGCAUGUAAUGCUCUGUAUUUUACUACAUUUCAUUGUCUACCAUGGAAAGAGUGAGUGAGAGAUUCUACACUCAGAUCCGGGACACAUUUUUCUACUCUUACAGGAAGUGUUCAAACCUGCCACACUCAUUCCCUUCUCUCACACGCUUUCUGUUCAUUUUAACCUUUUCUUUCCUUUCAGUCAAAAUCUUACCGAGUUAAAGUUUACGCUUAAACUGAAGGGUAUCGUAUGUUCAUUGAGUGACAAGAACUUUUCAUUUCCACUUUUUUUUUUUUUCUUCUGGGUGGCUCCAUAAUUUUUUUUGUGCUCCUAAAACAUCUACAAAAACAACCAGGAAAUAUUAUUUAUGUUUUUAUUAAAACAGUUCAUUUAAAAAUGAAGGCAAAGUGAAAAAGGAAUAGAAGCACAAACAAACAAAAAAAAAAAAAGAAAAAAAAAAGAAAAAGAAAAAGAAUAUAUUUAUAUAUGUAACAAAUGUUAUUUGCAUAGUAAUCCACAUGAUCUGCAGACUUGGGCACUUAAAAACAAAAGUCAAAAAAUAAUGAACA